AUGAAUCAAAGACCUGAUCCAAAAUGGAGAUUUUUUUGGAGAAUUGGUGAGCUUCCUGAACAAAAAAAGUUUCCACAACUUAAUUCUGAUCCUGUUGUGCCUGAAGCUGUUGUAUAUCUGGUGGAAAUGACAUCUGUUGGAUUUGGAAUGCCUGCAAAUUAUUUACCAGAUCUUACAAAAAAAGGACCACAUCUUUUAGCACCUACUGGAAGUGAUUUAAACAAAUAUGGAAAACUUGGAACCAUAUUAGCUGGUGAAUUGGCAAAAUAA